CACUUGUUUUCUGCUCCGGGCAAGCUUUAUUGUAAUUGAAUGUGUGGCUUGCUGGCUCUCCGGUUCUUUGGCGCGUGUUGUAGUCUGUGCCAGCAGAGAGCAGGUAUACUCUCUCUAUGAUGAUGUCCUCCGCGAAUAAUCUUCUCUAUCCUUGUGUUUCUCGGGCGGGCGUGAGUGUUGUUAGCCGCCUGAAAAAUAGUAAUGAGCGUGUUUGUCUAUGUGUAGUCAUGUUGAAGAAUCUGUGGAGUAAUAAACGAUCAUUUGAUUAAAAUAUCACAGGAAGUACGAUCGAAUGCAAAUCGUUGCUACAAGCGUGACCAACACUAGUUUCAAGUAGUACGAAGAAUCUAUUGAGUCUGAAUUGAUUUUGAGUACUUAACAUCCAUUGGCACUUACAAGCAAAAAAAAUGGUCGACGGUACUGCGCAUCAGACGGCGGAAGCUGAGGUUGCAGCGCUUUCAUCGGAAAAAAAGCAACAGGUAAAAACCCCCGAGGAGAAGACUCAAAGUCUCGUAGAAGGCGAGGAGGAAAACAAGGGAGCUGUUUCUGUGACCGACAGCACGGAUGACCAGAAAGCCGUCCCUGCUUCAGCAGAGAAGCCUGAACCAGCAACAGUGGAGACAAAAAGCACAGUCACCGACUCAGAAAGGCAAAAAGGCGUGGUGAAGUUCUUUUCCACGAAGGGAUACGGAUUCAUCGUCUCGCAGAAGGAUCAAACCGAAAUUUUUGUGCACUCGAAAGAAAUUUCUGGUAUUGUCACUAGCUUACUCUUAUUAAAAUUCAUUUUGAUGCGUGCCAGCCUGCGCUGUUUGUUUCUCUUUGUUCAUAUUCCGUGUGUCAUGAAGAUGGGAGCAAAAUAAAAACCGUCGCAGUCACCAUUCUUCAUGAACGAAGGUAAAAACAAUAUCACAGUGACAGUAAAAAGUUUGAAUUCCUUUCCAUUGUUCAUUUUGCGACCUUAGUAUCCCCAACUCGAUGAACCUUCUUAAAAGGUAACGCACUUCAGAGUGGCGACGAGGUCACGUACGAAAUUGGCUUGGACGAAAGCAAAAACAAGCCAGUGGCUAUCAAAGUGCAGGGUGGCACCGGCGUACCGAUUUCCGACUUCAUGGCCAAAGGACGUUCUGCCUACAAUUAUGGCCCAGGAAAUAUAACCCUGAUAAAUUUUUGUGGAAUGUGAUUUUGUGAUGUAAGUAAUUGUUUGAGAUACUGGGAAAAAUGAGGUGGUAUGAUUGUCUUGUACUUGAUUGUUUGGCAUGAAUUAUGUGGUUCACACUUGUUUUACUCGAUGUGGUCCCCACUUUCUCGAGCCUUUUGCUCCCUUUCACGACCCGGGUGGCUUCUUCGGAAAGGGUGGCUUCGAUCCCUCGGUCUUUUCGGGUAAGGGCGCAGCAGCGAACAGCAUUUUCGAAGCGCUGAAGGCUCAGUUCGGUAACGAAGGUCUCCAUGGCAUGCACGGUAAAGGUGGCGGCUUUGCAGAUCCAUUUUUCGGCGGCAAGAGUGGUGCUGCGGGCAUGCCUGGUGCCGCUGCAGCGGCCGCAGCAGCAUUUGCAGCAACGGGACACGAACAAUUUCCCUUCGGUGCCAAGGGCCACAUGGGAGCGCACACCGAUCUCUUAGGUGCGUAUUUUGGUGCGGCCUACCCUCCGAGCUUCGGUUAUCCGCCCUUUGCAAGCGCACCCGGCGCUGCUUUUGCCGGAGGAGGUGGCUUUGGUUCCUUUCCGAAGGGCGCAGCAACCUUCCCACCAUUUCCGUUUGUCCCUGGCGGAGGAAAAGACUUCUCCUCACUCCUGCCGCCAACUGCUUUCGGUAUUUCUAUUUCCGCUGAUUGGACUUCUAAUAUGCGGUUUUGACAAAUUGUCUUCGAAUAUCUUCAUUGGCCUGUUCUUCUGAACGCAACGGAUGGAAUGUGUGUUUAUUGAAAUGGCAUGGGUUACUAUCAAUGUUUGUAAGUGUCGUGACGAAAAAUUUCCGCUCAUUUCUUUUCAGGUGGUGGUCUGAAAGGAUUCGAAGAGCCGUCUUGGAAUAGCUUCGGCAAAGGCAGCAAGAAGGGGUUCGGAAAGGGCAAAGGCUUCGGAAAGGGUAAGUUCAAUUACAACCCGCGCGGUCCCGUAGAACUGUCGCUCGAGCAAGCUUGAGCCUGGAGGUUUAUUGAUCGAGCAGCAACUACUUCGUCGGGUGAUUCGACGUGAUUACCACUUUUUUUGAAAAUGAAGAAUUGUGAUCACAAUAACCUUUGCCGAAGUUAAUUCGGGUUCAUCCUAGUAUGCUUUGUCAGUACUUGUACUGGUUGAAGUGGAACACACCAACCUCUUUGGCAUUCCGCAUGCGAACCUAAGUGGCUGUGUCUUGUGCCAGAACCGCGGAUUCCCUUCGAAGAAAUGGCUGUUCGUUAGUUCGUCUCCUGUUGGCUUUCGCUUUGGGGUUUUACACGUCUAUGAUUUUUUGUUUCCGUUCAACACUGGUUUGAUCAUUUCGACAAGGGGACAUUCUUCUUCAUUUCAUUCGAGACGAUAUGUUAUUUAUUAUGAUACUUGCAUUCUCUGUGAUGUAUUGAUUGGUUUAUUAUUGAUUUAGAUUUUGUCCGCCUGCUAUUUGCACAAACUCUACUUACCUACACAACUACGACAUCUAUUAAUUAUGAUAAUUAUAAUUUCACACACCUUAAUUUAUACUGUUCUCAAAUCGAAUACUUCUUACAACUAACAAUUCCUACUUACUAAUAAUUGAUUCUGUAAUUUUUUGUGAUUUCUCGAUUGGUCUUUCUACUAAUUAUAUGCUAGUAUCUCAGAUGAUGAAUCCUCCCAUAACAACCUCGGAAGUGCAGCCGAGCAUUCUGAACUCACUUCCGAUAAAGCAGUCUAAUAAAUCUAGUUAUAACUACUACUACUUGUCAAAUGUCGUUGCUGAAUGAGAUUUUUAUCUUUGAACAAAAGAAUCCUUGGUUUCUUACUUCUGGAAAAGAAAGAAAUAACAACUUUUCAUCUGUUGCCCUUCCAAUAGUGGUCAUAGAUAGCUACUGCCUUGCCGGAGUACUAGUACAAUUGCGAUAGCACCAAAGCUCGAUGACCACACCUAUUGUCUAGAUCCUUCUUACCGCGUAUUUCACAGUUUAUGUACAACUAAUAUAAAUAUUUCAAUUUAUUUUGAACAAACCGACUUCACGACAUUUAUUCCCAAAGCCAUGGCCUGAGAUUGAUAGUUGUUGUAUGCCGGUGAGAAAGGUGACGCAGUAAGGAUCUCCUGUUAUAGAUAUUCAUCAUAUUAGAGCAAUCUUCUACUUUCAGAGCAAAUAAUAAUGUUGACUGAUGUGGAUAUUAUCUAGUCUAACUACUUGAUUACAACAGAUAUUUUAACAUUUCUACGUUCGUUCGUCGUGUUCAGAGUCAUUCUAAUAGAGAUUUAGCCAUGAUUGAUGAAUUAUAAGUAUUGUAGAAGUACAACUAGUGGAAAAUAUGCCGCGAUUGAAUCUUGUCCAGUUUUCCUAAUCUGAUACCUCUGAAAAACCUGAGUAUUGGAAAAUAAUUUGAUGUAACUUUUGGGAUCUCGCUGGCGUCUAAAGAAACAACAUGCCUAUUCGAAACAACAGUUGCAAUUUUCUGGUACACACAUGAAAAAAAGCAACGCCUUUUACCUUCUCUCUGAGAAGUAUUGAAGAGCGGCGUCGCCUCGAGGAGGAGGCCAGUUUCUUCAUAAUAAUCAGCAGCCAGUGUUUCUCUCUUCCAAUCAUGAACGCGACGCGACCGCGAAGAAAAAUG